AUGACUGGAGGCCCUGAGGAUGUGAGUGAUUGGUGCUAUCAGUCCCAGUUUUCAUGCAAUGCACAAUGCAUUAUUCCAAGUGAGUGGAGUAAAAUAUCUGCAAAAUGUGCUGAAAAAAAGCAGUCCCCCAUUAACAUUGUGACACGAAAAACUGUGACUGAUUCGAAACUGACUUCAUUUACCUUUGAAAACUAUGACACCUUCAAUACUGCAACAAUAAAAAACAAUGGCCACACUGUUCAAGUUGAUCUGCCCUCUAAUAUAACGAUCGGCGGUGGACGUCUUGAAGGAAGAUACAAAGCUUUGCAGUUGCACCUGCACUGGGGCACUGAUGCAGGCCCUGGCUCGGAGCACACAAUAGAUGGGGAGCAGUACCCCAUGGAGCUACAUAUUGUCCACAUGAAAAGGAACUACACUGAUUUAACUCAGGCGCUAAAUGAUCCAACUGGCGUCGCUGUGCUUGGAUUCAUGUAUGAGGAGGCAGCACAAGAAAAUACAAGAUACAGACCUUUAAUUGAAGCCUUACUAAGAGUUCAAGACAAAGGCACGGACUCUACAAUCAACUUAAUGUUGUCCGACCUCAUUCCGACAAAAGCCAGCAUGGUUAAUUAUUUCCGCUAUGAAGGAUCUCUGACGACCCCUACAUGUGAUCAAACUGUGAUCUGGACGCUGUUUGAAAAAACGAUUCCUCUCAGCAAAGCACAGCUUUCUGCCUUUUCACAGAAACUCUUCUUUAAACCAAACAAAACAAUGAGGGGAACGUUUCGACCUGUUCAGCCUCUGCACGGCCGCAUUGUGUACAGGUCUGGGAGCAGCGUUACCUUUGCCAGCACUACAGUACUAUCAGUCUCUGUUAUAUGUGCCCUUGGGUUGUCAUCCUGGCUUCACUAAGGGCAUAUACAGUUUGCACCUGCUUGUAGUAUAAUUGUGUUAACAGGCCAAGAGUAAAUAUAACAAAAUAGCUUUGUGUUAAUUCGAAUGCAUUAUGAGGCAGGCAUUUGAGAAAUGCAGCUUCUGAUUUCAUCCGUAACUUGAAACCCUCGUUAGUAAUUUCUUUGGUAAAAGCCAACUAGACAAUCGUUUCAACGAAAUGUCUGUUUCAUUUUCAUUGAAAGAUGCUGGAAAAUACAUUAUUUUAAAUCGGUAACAUAAUUUCCCCCUUUACUUUUAUGCUAGUCUUCAAUGUUGCCGUGAAGGACAGUUUAAAAGUUUUAUUAGACCAUAAUUAAACAAGCAUUAAGUAAAUUUGAUUAAAAAUAAUGAAAUACUGAAGAAUACAUAUAUAUAUAUAUAUAUAUAUAUAUAUAUAUAUAUAUAUAUAUAUAUAUGCUGCAAUAGUGAACAAUUUACACAUAUACAUGUUUGCUAUUCAAAGUUGUAGAUGAAACGCUGUAUUAUAUAUAAUUAAAAACAUUUUGCACAAUUAAUAUACACAGUGCGAACCUUUCUGUAAGCUGUUUUCUACCACUGAAACAGAUAUAUGAAAAAGCAUUGUAUAUAGGACGUCAAUUAGAUAGCAAAACGGUAUCACUGAAAUGCAUCAUUUUUCAUUUAAAAGCAGGUACAUUUUUGCAGACUAUUGUGGUGUAUUUCAUAUAUAUUUAUUUGUAACAUGUGCAGAACAACAUCUACACUAGUCAAACAGCAGCUUGCACAUUCUGCCCACAUGUGUUUGGAAUAAGGCUAUAUUAUAUUUAUCUACCUCGAGGCUUCUACUGUCUGUUAAGAAUGUAAUUAUUGUGACUGUUUCCUGGGAUUAUGGAAAGCUACUGAACCAAUUAUGAACUGCGUCGUGUACUGUAUAUUUGUACUGCACUGUGGGUAUAAGAAUGAUACGUUAACUAUGCUAUUUGAAUUACACGACUCACACAUUUUAAUUUUAAAACCUGCUAGGGUCAGGUUCAGAAUUAAAAAAAAAAACAAAUGAAGAAACUGUGAUAUAUUUAUAUGCAAUAGAUUGAAGGCUUACAUGAAAAGGCAAUGCAGACGGAGUGGUCCUCCUCAAUGUUGUGGGUGACUUUGUGAAAAUUAUUUGUAAUGAUAUGCAAGAUUAUGAAGACUAUGACAUAUGAUAUGUAUAUAUUGAACCAGAAUAGAAGUGGACAUUGCCUAUGUUGUUUCUGUAUCUGGUAACUUUAUAAUACAUCAUUAUGAGUUCUCAAAUUUGUUCAUUUUCACAUGUGCAUAUGGAGCUAUACAAAUUAAUUAAAUUAAAAGUUUUACAUCA